GACCAUGGGGCCGAUGUAUGGGCAGCGAGUGUGGCCCUGGAGGCGGUCAGAGCAGAGCGGUGUGGUGCGCACACUCUGAAGGCUGGACCACCCUGCACACCAACUGCAAUCAGACGGAGCGCCCGGACAACCAGCAGAGCUGCUUCAGAGUGUGUGACUGGCACAAAAACCUGUACGACUGGCAGCUGGGGACAUGGAACGAGUGUGUCCCCGUUUCGCUGCGCAGCGCCGGGGUGCAGCGCCCCGCUGUGUGCACCUGGGGAGAAGAGGGCAUCCAGACCCGUGAGGUGGACUGCGUCCAAAAAGCGAACGGAGAAGCAGCGGAGGGUGCAAUCUGCGAGUACUUUGAGCCCAAGCCCCGCCUCGAGCAGGCGUGCAUUAUACCUUGUCCCCGGGACUGCGUGGUUUCCGAGUUCAGCCAGUGGACCUCUUGCUCAAAAACGUGUGGAAUGGGCUUACAGAACCGCAUCCGUUUCGUACUGUCGCCGCCACUGUUCGGCGGGGCGUUUUGCCCAAACCUGACUGAAUUCCAAACAUGCCAGCUGGGACUGUGCGAAGGAGAAGAGAAUCUUUACAGCCUCAGGGUAGGACCCUGGGGGUCCUGCUCUGUACCACUGCCAAGGCAAGCCAGACAAGCUGGCAGACCACCCAGAGACAGCGAGAAAUCAUCUGGAGAAAGUGAUAAGCUCUCUAAGGAGGGAGAGAAACAGUCAAGAGGAAAUGAUAAACCUUUCAGAGGGGGUGAUAAACACUCCAGAGAGACCGUUCCCCAGCCUGGCGAGGGAGAAAAGCAGUCAAAAGGAGGGGAUAAGCCUGGCAAGGAGGGUGAGAAACAGCGGAAGGACAAGGACAAAUUAGCCAAAGGGGUCGUCAAACUACCGAGAAACAGAGAUAAACCGUCCAAGGAGAACCGUAAACUAAGCAGAGCGAACACCAAAUCCGACGGUCCGUCUCGGCAGGCGGACAGGCCCAAACGGCAGAAAAAAGCGAAAAACAAGGACAAAAGAGAGAAAGUCAGAGAAAGGUUAAGAGAGAGGGGAAAGGCAAAGGACCCGGAGACAAGAGAACUCAUCAAGAAGAAGAGGACCAGGAACCGUAAAAACCGCGUGGGAGGAAAGUUCUGGGACCUCCAGGUUGGCUCCCAAUCCCGGGAAGUGACCUGUGUCCACAAAAAUGGAAACGUUGAAGCUCUAAGGUGAGACAAUUCAUUUUUACCUCUGAAAAUCCCUUAAAAUGCUGCCCUUUUCAAUAAUAAUAAUUUAGUGUAAUCUUCACAAAAAAAAUUGUCUUGUAACGAGAGGUG